GGGCCCCGCCCCGGGCAGGCCCCGCCCCGCGCCCCGGGCAGCGCGGCCCGCCCUCACCGCGCCGCCCCCCCAGCUCUUGCCUGCUCGCUAACGCUACCUGUCCCGGGAGAGCUCGCGCGGGGCCGGGGAGCGGACCCACAGACUAAAAGUGAAACUUGAGAAGGGCCGGGGCGGCUGCUGACCGGAGCCCUUCCCCCUCCGGCCUCCCUGCCGUCGCCACCCGCUCCCGAGAGCUGGAGGCCGACGUCAGGGGUCGGGAUUCCUGACUUGACCUGCACGCGUCUGUCCAGAUAUCUUCUGAGAAACAAAUCUAGGGGACAAGGUGAAAGAAGUAAUGGCCAGUUCUCAGGAGCUGCUGACCUUCAGGGAUGUGGCGAUAGAAUUCUCUCAGGAGGAGUGGGGUUUCCUGAACCACAGUCAGCGGGAUCUGUACAGGGAUGUGAUGUUGGAGAACUAUGGACACCUUCUCCUCUUGGGUCUUGUGUCAAAACCAGACCUGGUCAACUUUUUGGAGCAAAAGAAGGAGACUUGGGAUGUGAAUGGAAAGGGGACAGUAGCCACACAGCCAGCUGUAUCUUCACAUGGCACCUUGAGCUUCCAGCUAAAGUCAUGCAUAGAAGCAUCUUUUCAAAACAAGUCAAUGGAGGCAUAUAAACACAGUACACUUGAGAAUUUACACUUAACGACAGAUGGGGACAAUGAUGGUGAAAGUGAAGGGCAUCAAGGAUAUCAUGGAGGACAUAUCCAAACUGAGACAAGUGCCCAUAAUAAGAAUCUCACUGCCCCAAAUGGUGAAGAAUAUAAAGCAUUUUGGAAACACUUCCUUUUUAAGUCCAGUACUUCAGCAGCGCAGUGUGUUUCUGUAAGCAAUAGCUCAAAUCAAGUAUUCAAACAUACAGAUUUAUGGAAUGAAAAUUUGGAAACUGUGGAAAAUUACCUAGUCCAUGCUGAAAAUAAUUAUCUGAACUAUUUUGAAAAUAGGAUUGCAUUGACCUUUCAGUCUAAUAUUUCUGAAAGUCGGAGAUUUAAAAAUGAAGAAAAAAGUGCUAAGUUGCAUAAAUUUCAGAGGUCCUUUACUGAGCAGUCAACCCCACAAACUUACGAGAGCAUUUAUAAUGAAGACACAAUUUCUAAAUGCAGUCAAUCUGAGAAAAUAUUUAGCCAUACCUCAAAUGUUAACAAAUGUCUGAGGAGUCAUUUUUCAGAGAAGCAUUUUGAAUAUAAUAAAUGUUGGGAAGACUUUUAUCAAAGCUCAAAACUAAUUACAUAUAAUAAGAGUAAGCAUAUGGGAGAGAAUUCUUAUAAAUAUAAUGAAUAUGGGAAAGCUCAUAACCAGUUCUCCAGUGUUGGUAAUCAUCAGAGGACUGAUGUGGGAAAAAACACAUACAGAUGUCAUAAACCUGGGAACAUGUUUAGUCACUCAUCAAGACUAACUAUACAUAAGACAAUUGAAACUAGAGAGAAUAGGUAUGUUUGUAAGGAAUGUGGCAAAACUUUUGACUCACACUCAAAACCAACUCAACGUCAACAAAUCCAUACUGGAGAGAAACCUUACAAAUGUGAAGAAUGUGGUAAAGCCUUUAAGGACGGCUCGUCACUAAAUGGACAUAGGCGAAUCCAUACUGGAGAGAAACAUUACAAAUGUAAAGAAUGUGGCAAGGCCUUUACCCAUCGCUCAAGCCUUACUCAACAUCACAGAAUUCAUACUGGAGAGAAACCAUACAUAUGUAAAGAAUGUGGUAAGGCCUUUAACCAGUACUCAAAAGUUAUUCAACAUCACAGAAUUCAUACUGGAGAAAAACCUUACCAAUGUAAAAAAUGUGGCAAGGCCUUUAACUUGCACUCAAACCUUACUCAACAUCACAGAAUCCAUACUGGAGAGAAACCUUACCAAUGUAAAGAAUGUGGCAAGGCCUUUAACCAGCACUCACACCUUACUCAACAUCACAGAAUUCAUACUGGAGAGAAACCUUACAAAUGUAAAGAAUGUGGCAAAGCCUUUAAGAGGCACUCAAACCUUAUUCAACAUCACAGAAUCCAUACUGGAGAAAAACCUUACAAAUGUAAAGAAUGUGGCAAAGUAUUUAAUGGAUAUUCACAACUGACUAUACAUCACAGAAUCCACACUGGAGAGAAACCUUAUGACUGUAAAAAAUGUGGCAAGGCCUUUAAACACCAAUCAAACCUUACUCAACAUCACAGAAUCCAUACUGGAGAGAAACCUUACGACUGUAAAGAAUGUGGUAAGGCUUUUAAUCAGCACUCAAACCUUAUUCGACAUCAAAGAAUUCAUACUGUAUAGAAACCUUAUAAUGUAAAGAAUGUGGCAAGGGCUUUACCCAGGACUCAAGCCUUACUCGACCAUCACAGAGUUCAUACUGGGGAAAAUACUUACCAGUGUAAAAAAUGUGGAAAGGCCUUUAAUCACUAUUCUACCUAUAGUCAUUAUCAGAAUUCAUACUGGAGCAAACCUUACAAAUUUUAAGACUGAGAAUUUGUAAGGACAGUUCAACUCUUACUCCACAUCAGAGAAUUAAUAUUGGAGAGUCAUGAUACACAUGUAAAGACUGUGGCAAGGUGUCUAAGCUGUGUAAACCCUGAUGCCUGGUCAGAUAAUGUGUCCUAGAGAUGAUUUUACAAUAUAAAAAAAUUGGCAAGCCCUUUAA